AUGGGGGUCAGCAUCAGGUUAACGAGGGUCAGCAACAGGUUAACGGGGGGUCAGCAUCAAGUUAACGGGGGUCAGCAUCAUGUUAACAGGGGUCAGCAUCAGGUUAACGGGGGUCAGCAUCAGGUUAACGGGGGUCAGCAUCAUGUUAACAGGGGUCAGCAUCAGGUUAACGGGGGUCAGCAUCAGGUUAACGGGGGUCAGCAUCAGGUUAAUGGGGGUCAGCAUCAGGUUAACGGGGGUCAGCAUCAGGUUAACGGGGGUCAGCAUCAUGUUAACGGGGGUCAGCAUCAGGUUAACGGGGGUCAGCAUCAGGUUAACGGGGGUCAGCAUCAUGUUAACAGGGGUCAGCAUCAGGUUAACGGGGGUCAGCAUCAGGUUAACGGGGGUCAGCAUCAGGUUAACGGGGGUCAGCAUCAGGUUAAUGGGGGUCAGCAUCAGGUUAACGGGGGUCAGCAUCAGGUUAACGGGGGUCAGCAUCAGGUUAACGGGGGUCAGCAUCAGGUUAACGGGGGUCAGCAUCAGGUUAACGGGGGUCAGCAUCAGGUUAACGGGGGUCAGCAUCAGGUUAACGGGGGUCAGCAUCAGGUUAACGGGGGUCAGCAACAGGUUAAAGGUGCAACAGGAGAAAUGUUUAAAUGA